AUGAGUAAUGCUUUAAAAGAAAAAUUAAUUUUGGAAAGCAAAACUAACCCACAUGCUAAUAUUGAUUGGAACCAAAAAACAGAUAAAGAAGUAAAUGAUCGCAAGAAUCAGAAUUUGAAUAAAAAAGAUGACAAAGAUGUUACAUUUUCAUCUAAAGAAACAAAUAAUUUAGAGAAGACAUGGACAAAUUUUGUUAAUUCUACAGAUGACAAUUUAAUUGAUAAUGAUGAUUGUAGUGUUAAUUCAGAAAAUAAAGAUUUUAGUUUUGAAAAAGAAGGAACAAGCACAAAUACAUCCGAAAGUGAAGAUGAUAAUUAUUAUGACUCUUCUUCUUUUUCAUCUUCAGAUGCAACAGAAUCAGAAACGGAGAGAAAAAAUUUAUUAUGUGAUGAAGAUGAUUUAGAACAUGAAAAUUGUGAUGCUGCAUCUAAUGUUCCAUCUCCACCACCUUCGAUUUCUACUCCACGACCAACACCAUCACCAAGUAUUUUUGUUAUGACGGAUGAACAAAAAUCAUAUUAUGAAAAAUGUUUCUUGCACCUUCAGUCAGCUUGUAAUGGUCCAAAUUAUCAGGCAUCGUUAAAUGGUGCUGUAAAAGGUAACUCAGAAAUUGUUAUGGAUUUUUUUGAGAAAUCUAAAUUACCCCCAGAGGAAUUGUCAAGAAUUUGGUUAUUGUCUGAUGUUAAUGAGGAUGGUUUUUUAAAUUUAGAAGAAUUUUCUAUGGCUAUGCAUCUUGUAGUGUUACGUAUAAAAGGAGGAAUAAAAAUUCCCCAAUCUUUACCAGAUGAAGUAAGACCAAGAGAAGAAAAACCACGAGAGAAUGAAUUUAAUGAAAGUUUGACAAGUAGUACAACAUGUAGUAGUAGUAUGGAUGAUGAAUCUAAAAAAAGUUGGCAACAAUUUGAUAAGACAAAUGAUGAAGAAGAAGGUGUUGUAAAUUUAUCUGAAAAAAAUGAAAUAAAUACUAAUUCUACAUUUAACAAUACUAUUAUUGAUGAUUCAACUAAAGAUAUAACUGAUCCAAGUUUAAUGUCAAAUUUUUCUAAAACACCACCUCUUAUAGUUGAUCAAACACCAAGAGCCAAAAAAUUGUCAAGUUCUCCAACUAGUGUAGUUAAAAUUUCUUCUCCAGUAUUAGUAUCCCCAGUUAUUGAUAAUGAUUUAAUUGACUAUCCUCUUCCCCCACCACGACCUUUAAAUUUUAAAACUGGAAAAGGACAUGGUAGAAGUGCCAGUUUAGAUACGAAUGCUUUAAAUUCUAUUUUAAUAGGUAAUAUGUCACAUAGUGAAAACGAAUCAAUUGGUUUUACUAUACAAAAAAAGGCAAUUUAUUUAACAGAAAAUAAAGAAUCAUGUAAAUAUUACAAUGACGACAAAAAUAAAUUACUAAUUAAGGAUAGUUUAAUAGAAGAGAAAAAGCGUAAAUAUUUUAACGAUGUUUCUGUUCAAACGGACACAUUAACUGAUACUGACUUUGAUCGUCUGGCUAAACAAUUAGAUAAUUUACUUAAAUCAACUUCUUCUGAGGGAAAUGUUUUCUCUGAUAAAUCAGAUGAAUUUAUUUUAGAUGAAUCUAAUUUAACAUUUGAGGAACGUUGCCAUUUACUUCGAAAAUUUAAUUGGCAAUUAGAAAAAGAACGUUCAACACUUAUUCAAAUUAGACUUCAACUUCAAUUACGUCUUGAAGAAAUUGAAAAAAAAUAUAAUGAUGAAAAAAAUUUAAAUUCUGGAAAACCUACACAACUUUAA